CUUUUCGUGUGUUCAAUUCUUGAAUAGUUAUGAGCAAGUUGGAGAAUCUGUUCUUGAUAUCUUCUUUUUCAUUUGUCGGUUAUUGUCAUCUAUAAAAGAAGGCUCAACCCUACACACAAAUUUUCUCAUCUAUUUCUUCCCUUUCGAACCAUGACUAAAGGUGGAUUUGCAAUGACCAUACAGACUUUACUCGCUAGGAGGAGGAGUAGCAUAAUUUCGAAGGCAAUGGUGGAACGCUGCAUGAGCAAGGUGGCCAAAGGAAAUGAAUGUUAUGAUUACGAAGAAAGUGAAGUACAAUCACAGUCAUUGAAGAAUAAAGUACAAGGAGAAAAGAAACAAUACGAUGAACAAGAAGAAGAAGAAGAGUGCUGGAUCCCACAUCGUCGUACGGGAAUAUAUUAUCCGAAAGGACAUGAAUGGGUGAUGGAAGAUGUUCCUGAUGGUGCUGCUUGCUUUGCUUACAGUUAUUGGCUGAGGAACAGUGAUAGAGACGGAGUUUGAUGAUUUAUUAUAUGAUAUUUUAUAAUAUAGUGAAUACUAUGUGGCGUUAAUGGGUGAACGUGGAUACUGGUUUUUAAGUCUUUUUAUCUAGGAUAUAAAACAC